AUGAUUGUCUUGGGUGCUCGCCGUGACACGCUGCCUCGUUCGACUACUGCGCUGCCUAUUGACACGAUCCUGCCCAUUGCCUCAAGUUUGGGCCACACAUGUUUCCGUGACCUUCGCCUCAACCAGGUCUGGCUACCGAUUACAUCUACCGAUAUCACCAGUCUAGGCUCAGAGUCACCUGUUACAUCAGUGACCACAGGCACCCGAGCAUCUACGCCAUGCUCUGAUUUAGCGCUCUGUCCUUCAACAGCCACUUGCCCUACUGGUCUAGUUUGUUUACCCACUUGGAAGCCGGCAACUCCUCAUUGUGGGUAA